AUUGUGGGUGAGAGACAAAAGCGGAGCCGCGCCAUUUUUUUUGUGUGUGUUCCGAACUGAAAUCAAAAAGCUGCGUUUGGUGACGGUUUGAGUCAUUUUCUCCUGUUGGUUUAGAAGACAAUAACGAGUUAUUGUUAAAAUGGGACGAAAGAAGAAGAAGCAAUUGAAGCCCUGGUGCUGGUAUUGCAACAGAGAUUUCGAUGAUGAAAAGAUUCUCAUUCAGCACCAAAAAGCCAAACAUUUCAAAUGUCAUAUAUGUCACAAGAAGCUGUACACCGGUCCUGGAUUAGCCAUACACUGCAUGCAGGUGCACAAAGAAACAAUAGACGCAGUUCCUAAUGCUAUACCGGGAAGAACAGACAUAGAACUGGAAAUCUAUGGCAUGGAGGGUAUUCCAGAAAAAGACAUACAAGAUCGGAGAAGAGUACUUGAACAAAAGUCACAAGAGAGUCAGAAGAAGAAGCAGGACCAGGAUGAUUCUGAUGAGGACGAUGAUGAUGAUGAAGCUGGACCUUCAUCAUUUCAGCAGCCUGCUGCUCAGCCUCAGGCUGCCUACAUGCCCCCAAUGACCCAGGCGGGCAUGCAUCCUGGUCCUCAGGCCCAAGGCAUGCCACGUGCUGGCUAUGCAGGCAUGCCACCUAUGUUGACUGGCAUCCCACCAAUGAUUCCUGGGAUGCCACCAGUAAUGCCAGGCAUGCUACCUGGCAUGAUGCCAAUGAGAGGAAUGAUGCCCCCAGGUCCAGCAAUGCCUCCGAUGAUGCCAGGCAUGCCACCAGGAAUGCCACCUCAUGUUGCCAGGCCUGGCAUGCCUCCUAUGGCACCUGCAGCCCCUAUCACUGCUCCUAGAAUGGCCAGCAGACCAGCUGUACCCGCCACACAGUCCGCUGCAUCCAAACCUCUCUUCCCCAGCGCUGUGCAGAUGGGGACUGGUGUUGCGAGGCCCAGCGCAGCCCCUGCGAGUGCAGAGACACAGUCUGCCUCCUCUAAGCCUCUGUUCCCUAGCUCUUCCCAAGCGCAGCAGAUGGUAUUAGGACCGUCAUCAACCACCUCUGAUUCUCCUAAGGUGACAUUCCCAGCCUACACCCAGCCUUCUUCCACUCCCUCUGUUGCUGCCUCCUCCAGCACUGUGGCCAAGCCCCCUGCCACAGUCACAAGUAAGCCAGCCACCCUCACCACCUUGAGUGCUACCAGUAAGUUGAUGCACCCUGAUGAGGAUAUCUCGCUGGAAGAGAGACGGGCUCAGCUGCCUAGGUACCAGAGGCUAAUCCCUCGGCCUGGGCAGACUGCAGCAGCUGCUGCCUCGGCUCCACCUAGUGGAGCAGUGGGAGGAAUGAUACCUGCCCAGCAGGUUAUACCUCCUCAGCAGCCUGGAAUGAGGCAUCCCAUACAUGGUCAGUAUGGUGGUCCUCCACAGGGCAUGCCUGGUUAUAUGGGUGGUGGCAUGCCUCCUUAUGGACUGAGUGCCCCAAUGGUGCCCCCUUACCAAGCUGGCCCACCUGGACCUCCCAUGGGCAUAAGGCCACCUGUAAUGUCUCCAGGCAGCCGAUACUGAAACAACGCUGUCGUCCCACUAGGUUUGGAGGUUAAACCUUUUCUCAUCUUGUGCUUUUAAUGUAGCCAAACCAAUGAGCUCUAAACCCACUGCUGAAGAAAAUCUGCAUACUGGACAUUUGAGAUAUGUAAUAUCACGCAAGAGUUUUGGAUUCAGCCCUUAAAUAAAGACAAAGAAGAUAACAGCAGCAUCAAUGUUACAGUUGAUACAUGUAUUGCUUUUCUUCCUAUUGUGUUUCAUUCAGGUUGUACAAGUACAGUAUAUUAGACAAAGGUUCAUAAUAUAUUGAAGCCGCUGGCCUAACAGUAUCUCCAUACUCAAGGCAAGUUCCCAGUAAGAUUUCUGCUUUUAUCUUAGUAGUGAAGCCCUCACAGCACCAUACUGUGCUGUUGGACUUUACGUCCCCAACAUCAGCUUGGUGAGGGCUUCAGAUCACUGUUGUCAUGUUGUUGUUGUUUUUCUUUUAACUGUUUGCAUCCAUUUAUUCAGGGUUAAAUAGCACAAGGGUAAAUGUGUCUGUUUUUUUUAAUUUUUUUUUGCUAUAUGUAUU